AUGGCUACAAUUGGGGCGCUACUAACUGUGCUCAUUAUGGCUUGCAUCGUGGGUAAUCUGUUUGUUAUUGUUGCAAUUCUUACUGAGCGGGACCUAAGGAACCGACCUCAGUACUACUUAAUAUUCUCGCUCGCUGUUGCUGAUUUGUUGGUUGGCCUAAUAGUGACACCGCUAGGAGCAUGGUCAACGGUCCUACGGGCGUGGACACUCGGUGUGGCAUUGUGUGAUUUCUGGAUUAGCGUCGAUGUAUUGGUAUGCACGAGUUCCAUUCUGCACUUAGUCGCCAUAGGUAAUAUUGUUUUAUAA